GGUCCCCCGCAGGAGUCCGCGGUGGCUGCGGGCGCCAGACCGAGGAGGGCGGGGCGCGUGUGUCGGCGUUUCCCCGCGCUCCGGGCCGGGCGCCUCCAGGGACGCGGGGCGCAAGGCGGGCAGCUGGGCCGGGUUCGCCGUGCAGGCCGCGGCGAGCAGGCUCCGGAUCGGGUCAGAGGCUGGGGCUGGACGCUGCCAUGGGCCAGGGUCGCGGCCCCCGGGAGGCGCCUCCCGCGCGUGCCUGGCGCUUGUUGCGCCCUGCGUUCCUCGAGAGCCAGCGGGUGCAGGUCGGGCCCAGUUCAUGGUUCUCCAGAAUGACCGCUCCCAAGAUGGAUGUAGUCCAGGUAGUUGGACCAACAACCAUUAAGACUGUUGGAGAAGCCCAGCUCUAGGUCCAUCGUUAUAAGCUGUGAACAGGAUGUGAAAUGGGCUGACCCAUAAGCCCUGCCUCCCAGCACCCAGCCUGCCUGCUAGGAUGUUCCUCAUGAACGCCCCUCCAGUGGUGGCGCUCCAGUCCAGAUGGGAGGCCUUUGGCCAGCCCAGGAGCUUCUGCUUUCCUGACUGCUUCUCAGAAUCUAAAGAGGACACCUCCAGGGCCUCAGUGAGUGCCAGGGUACAGAUGCUCAUCAGCACGCUGCAGAGAGACGAGGCUGCCCUGGGCAUGAGCCAUGAGCGUGCCCCACAGAGAGGCCAACGUGCAGAAAGGUGCCGGGACACCAGACUGGCCUCCAAACCUGCUGUGUGCAAAGAGCAGUCAGAGUUCCCUGCCUGUGGUCUUGUUGCAGACGGCAAAGCCCUAGAGAAGGAUGAAGCUGGGAGACAGGGUCCCUUGGAGCUGGAUUCUGACAGUGAUGACUCUGUGGACCGGGACAUCGAGGAGGCUAUCCAAGAGUACCUGAAGGCCAAGGGUGGGGCUUCUGAGCCUGUGUCCCGAGGAGCACCCUGUGUCCCAGAGCCUGCCCACAGCUGUACCCUACCAAGCCCAUACCCCUCACAAAUCAUUCCUGGCUCAGGUAGUGUCCCUGUGGGAGCCAGUGAGGACCAGGGCUCCACCUCCCCAGCUAGCAUGAGCAGCGAAGACUCCUUUGAACAGAGCAUCCAAGCUGAAAUAGAACAGUUUCUUAAUGAGAAAAGACAGCAUGAAAACCCCAAGUGUGAUGAGUCUAUGGAUAAAAAAUCAGACCCAAACGGAAGCCCUGCCAGACACAGAGGGAACCCAGAGACCUCAGCCAGGGCAGCUCUGAUGGGAAGCUGUAAGGAGUUCAUCUUCCGCAAACCUCCCAGGUUAACAAAGAUGAGCACACAGCCCAGAAACUUCCGGUCUAAGGUCACCACCGAGCCUGAGACCCCUGUGAAUACAAGGCUAACUGCCCACAGACCAGAGGCUGCGCAGAACAGGGGUGGGGUGAGGAGGAGCAUGCCUGCCAGGCGCAGCAAGCGCAUCAGGAACUCAGCCCCAGUGCACCAGGCCUCUGACUCCAGCAGUGAUGAUGGCAUCGAGGAGGCCAUCCAGCUGUACCAGCUAGAGAAGACCAGGAAUGAGGCCAAUGGGGAGCCACCUCUGAGAGCCCAGCUCCAAGAGGAAAGCCCGGGCAGUGCUCAGUCCAGUGCCUUGCCUGAAGCCCACAGGAGACCCCCAAGCAAGAAAAAGCUAGCAGCCCCAAAGGUUAUAGACAGCACCCUGGGGGGUCUCCACCCGGAACCCCUCUCCAAGCUCCUAAAGGAUGUGAGAGCCCCUGCACCUCCAGGACACACUGUUGCCAAGAGCGAAGUUGUGCACCAGACUCCAUCAUGCCUAGCAGACACAUCCACCGAGCUGAUGUGUGCAGAAGCAAUCCUGGACAUUUCCAAGACCAUUCUGCCAGUCCCCAUGGAAGGCAGUGACCGGCCUCCAUCCAUGAACCCUCUCUUCUGUCCCCCACCCAUCCCUCCCCGCUCUGAAGGUGAUAGCAGCAACGUUGAUAGUGAUGACAGCAUAGAACAGGAGAUCCGGACAUUUUUGGCCCUCAAGGCACAAGUAGGGAGUCCACAGCCUGCCCAGGGCCCACUGUCCCCAUCAGGCCCCAGUGGCCAGACUGGCAUCCCCAAGGCUAAAACACCAGAUCUUCCCCUGGGUUGCAAACGGAAACGGAGAGGUGGAGGCAACAAUACAGUGCCCAAGAAAGUAAGGGAGGGUAGAGAAAGUGCCCAGGACAGUGACCACAUCCAAGGGAAGGGUCAGCCUGGCCAUGACGGUUGGGACUCUCCCAGCCAGAGCAAAGUCACAGAGGCCCCAGGAGGGGAGACUGAGGCCAAGGACCAGUCUGUCCUUUCCAGGACAGCUGUGUUCAGUGAUGCACAGCUGUCACAAGGCCAUGGGGGUCUCGGGAAAGCAGCUGAGGGGAAGAGUGCUGGGGAGAAAGAGAGCUCUGAGGACAAGAGCAGCUCUCUGGACAGUGAUGAGGACCUGGACAUGGCCAUCAAGGACUUGUUAAGGUCUAAGCGAAAGUUCAAGAAGAGGUGCCGAGACCCCCGAGCUACAUGCAAGAAGGUCAGAUUUGGCACCACAGAGACUCGGUGUGGAGAGAAGCUGAGCAGCCUCCCUGGGGACUGGAAGGACCAUGGGCAGCAGGCACUACGGAGCUGUCUGUCCAAGGGCAGAGGGGACAACAAAGAUGGCCCCGGAAGAAGCCCAGUAAGCAUCUUCAGCAGCGUGGCCGAGAGGGCGAAGCUGGCUGGCACAGGGGGUGAGGAUGCUGCCCUGGCCUUGCCUCCCAGGAAGAAGAGUCCAAAAGGGACUCCUCCCUCGAAGGACACAGGAGCCAGUGGCCACCUCCCUUCUGCCUCCAGCCUCCUGUCUGAGGACAGCUCAGUGGACAGUGAUGACAGCAUUGAGCUGGAGAUCAGAAGGUUUUUGGCAGAAAAGGCCAAGGAGUCUGUACGCAGCUCAGAACCUCAAGGAGGACCUGCCAAGCUAGAGAUGCCCUGCAGAAAAGAGCCAACCCCAGCACUGCAGCCAGGAGUGUGCACACGGAGCCAAAAAGCCAGGGGAACCCCUCAGCUGGCCGAAGGAAGGAGAGGCCCAGAGAGAGCUCGGACACAGGCAACGGGCCUCCUAAGCCAGACUGGGAGGGGCACUCCCCGUGCUGAGCAGGCCACUUGUGUUCCUACUGCCCUGGGUCGAAGCGAGCCAGCACCUCCCAAGAACACCAGCAGGAACAACUCUAAAGUGUCUCCACCAAGCAGGAAAAGUGCCAGCGUUCACAAAGACCAGAGCCCCCGGGGAACCCAGACUGCCAUGGCAGAGAGCGUUUUCGGUCAGCUGCCCAGUUGUGCCAAACUGGGUACUGAGGCUGGAAGUGCUGGGGGCACAUUUCACCUGAACUAUGGCAGUCAGAACUUGCUGACCCCCAAUCCUGGACCCCAGACUGACCUCACCCUCCCCUGGAGUGACUUUGCACACCAGAGCAGGCUGUCCAGCCCAUGGGCACUGAAUUCCGGACAAGGCACACUAUGGACAGGGGUCUUUGGGGGUGAGAAAGAAAAGGGGGCCACAUCACAGGCUGGGGGCUCACCCAGCCUCUCCUCAGGCCCCAAGAAGGGCCUGCCUUUCCUCUCUACCCAGCUCUUCCACUUCGGGAAGAGUGUCUCCUGGGGAGGCAAACAGGCUGGCCUCUUCAGCCCCAACCUGGGCCUGCCCCUUCAGGGUCCAGCAUUCUCGGCCUUCAGGGAGACCCAGUCUGGUCACAGCCCUGUGUUUGGAAGCCCACACUUGCUUAUGAAGGACAGUGGGCACUGGCCAAGCCUGAAGGCCCAGGGGGCCCUGAGACAGCAGGACAGGAGGAAUUCUGGCUCUGAAGACAAUGUCCUAGACCUGAGAUAUCGACACAGAAUUGACAGGGAACACCAGGACCAGGAGGCCUUGGGUAGUGAUGCCAGCGAAUUCAGUGACACCUCUGUGGAAGAUGGGGACAGCACCACAGUGAGCAGCAAAGGCCUCAAGUUGUGACAGGCAUGCCCUGGUUCUCUUGCCAUAGCUGUGAGAGAGAGAGAGAGAGAGAGAGAGAGAGAGAGAGAG